AGCUUCAGAGGAAAGGUUCCACUUGUUGCUGAGCAGCAGAGAACAGCUGAUCACUGUCAGAGAACAAGAGAGCUGCAGAACCAACCAGAGGACACAGAGCCAGAGAAGAUCAGAACCAGAGAAGAUCAGAACCACAGAACCAGAGAUCCUCAGAACCAGAGAACAUCAGAUCCAGGAACAUCCUCAGAACCAGGGAACAGAAUCAGACUCGUCUUCCCGGAGUGUUCCGCAUCGACUCGUCUCCGGAGCAGCAGCCGCCGCCAGCGCCUGGUUCCCGGUGUCAGGAAGUCUGCUUUGAUGUCGGCGUCAGUUCUGCGUCCGUGUCUGUGUGGACGUGUGGGUGUGGUCUGUGGACUCCUCCUCCUCCUCUUGGCCUCGUCACCGCUCCUCGCUGCAGGCAGGCUGAGUAACUGCAGCCACCCGCUGGUGCCUGAACAUGGAGGCUUCCGCUGCGACCCGUCUCCGUGCCGAGGUUUCCCUCCCAAGAGCUCCAUCCACUUCUUCUGUGAGCCCGGCUUCCACAUCGCCAACACCCGCGUCUCCAGGUGUCGCCAGGGGAGGUGGCUGCCUCCGGUCCCGGCCUGCAUCCCCAUCAAGGGGAGUCCUCACAUGAACCCUGACGACAGAUCCAGCAACUCCAUGCCCAACAUGGCCACGACGGCGGUGGGCGUGUCCAUCUUCCUGCUCACCACCACGGCCUGCAUGGUGGUGAAGUCCCGCCUCUACCCGUGUCAGGCGCCCAGCCGGCGUUCCUCGGACCAGCUGGACCUGAUGGUGGACGGACUUCCUGUCUCCCUCCCCUCCUAUGAGGAGGCCAUGUAUGGCAGCUGGGGUCAGCGCCUCCCCCCCUGCUCCGCCCCUGGACCCACCCAGCUCCUGUUGGCCCAGGAGGCUCCGGGCCGCCCCCAGUCGGACGCCAGUCUCCGCCCCCUGCUCUCCUCCCAAAGCCCGGACAACCCCCCUCCCCCUUACGAGGAGAUCCAAUCACUACGUCCCGCCGUCAGGACGAGUGAGGGGGGGGGUCUGCAGCUGCAUGUCCCUCUGUCAGAUGACAAGGACGCUUGAUUGACAGGCUGUUGGCCUCACAUGUGACUGAACUCCUCCCACGUGGACUGUCGGCUGUGAGAUGAUGAUUUUGAUUGACAGUUACCUGCUGCAGCGUUUCCUCUGCAGACUGAGAGCUGACUCCUGAUUGGCUGCAGCUCACCAGCAUCCCACGCUACUUCACACCAAGCGCACAAGCUCUGAUUGGUCGUCACAGACACCUGACUGAAGAGGACUGUAUAGUGUUGAUUGUACAGAACGUGUGUGUGUGUGUGUGUGUGUGUGUGUGUGUGUGUGUGUGUGUGUGUGUGUGUUUUCAGUGUUGUUCUGGAGACGUUGUCCAUCCUUCCCCUCAGUGACGGGUCCGAUCCAGGUUUCCCUCAUGAAGUCAUGUGGUACAGGAACAUGUUUCCAUGGGAACCGACUCUUCUCCCUCUGGAGCGGAGACGGUUCUCAGCAGCGAUCUGACUCCAGCUCCGACUCUCUGUGAUAGAUGCUGUGGUGAAGCUACAGCUGAUGGGAUGUGGAUUUCUAAAUCAACAUCAAAUGUUUAUGUAAAGUAGAUUUCUUAGGUACUUGACUUUAACACAACAGUGUUCUAAUCAAAUGAAUUAUCCACAUGAGAUUUAAUAUAAAAAAACAAACAGCCCAGAUUGUGACCAAACCAACGUGGAACCGAUUUGUCAGUGAUCAGACUCCCUGGUUCACUGGUUCUGUGGUUCUCUGGUUCUCUGGUUCCCUGGUUCCCUAGUUUCCUGGUUCUGUGGUUCUCUGGUUUCCUGGUUCCAUGGUUCCAUGGUUCCCUGGUUCCCUGGUUCUCUGGUUCCCUGGUUCCCUUGUUCCCUGGUUCUGUGGUUCUCUGGUUUCCUGGUUCCAUGGUUCCCUGGUUCCCUGGUUCUGUGGUUCUCUGGUUCCCUGGUUCCCUGGUUCUCUGGUUCCCUUGUUCCCUGGUUCUGUGGUUCUCUGGUUUUCUGGUUCCAUGGUUCCCUGGUUCCCUGGUUCCCUGGUUCCGUGGUUCUCUGGUUCCCUGGUUCUCUGGUUUCCUGGUUCCCUGGUUCUCUGUGACUCCUGCAGAGCGACUGACGCCUUCUUAGACCCUGAAUGUAUUUAAAGUUUAAUUCUGUGAUAAACAAAGAAUCUUAACUAUUAUAUGGAUUGUAAUAUUUACAACAUGAUUAUUUGUACAAUGUGCACAGAAUGACAUGAUGAAUAAAUGUGGACAGAAAUCCUG